GGGCUAGGGUGCGUCACUUUCCCUGCGUUGGAGGCUGAGGAGAAUUGAGCCUGGGAGGCAGGUCCGGAGAGGGCUAUGAAAAGCCCCUGGCGGGGAAGCCCGGCCGGCCGAAGAGGGACAGUGGAUAGGUGCCCGAGGCCUACCGCUGGCCUGGGGCUCGUGUCUGGGCUUCGGACGUUGGGGCCCGGUGGCCCACCCUUUCCUUAGUUGUCCCAAAUGGAGCUGGAAUUGGAUGCUGGUGACCAAGACCUGCUGGGCUUCCUGCUAGAGGAAAGUGGAAAUUUGGGGACGGCACCCGAUGAGGCCGUGAGGGCCCCACUGGACUGGGAGCUGCCGCUUUCUGAGGUACCGAGCGACUGGGAAGUAGAUGAUUUGCUGAGCUCCCUGCUGAGUCCCCCAGCGUCGUUGAACGUUCUCAGCUCUUUCAACCCCUGCCUUGUCCACCAUGACCACACCUACUCCCUCCCACGGGAACCUGUCUGUAUGGAUCUAGAGAGUGAGAGCUGUAGAAAAGAGGGGACCCAGAUGACUCCACAGCAUAUGGAGGAGCUGGCAGAGCAGGAGAUUGCUAGGCUGGUACUGACAGAUGAGGAGAAGAGUCUAUUGGAGAAGGAGGGGAUUACUCUGCCUGAGACACUUCCUCUCACUAAGACAGAGGAACAAAUUCUGAAACGUGUGCGGAGGAAGAUUCGAAAUAAAAGAUCUGCUCAAGAGAGCCGCAGGAAAAAGAAGGUGUAUGUUGGGGGUUUAGAGAGCAGGGUCUUGAAAUACACAGCCCAGAAUAUGGAGCUUCAGAACAAAGUACAUCUUCUGGAGGAACAGAAUUUGUCCCUUCUAGAUCAACUGAGGAAACUCCAGGCCAUGGUGACUGAGAUAUCAAACAAAACCAGCAGCAGCAGCACCUGCAUCUUGGUCCUACUAGUCUCCUUCUGCCUCCUCCUUGUACCUGCUAUGUACUCCUCUGACACAAGGGGGAGCCUGCCAGCUGAGCAUGGAGUGUUGUCCCGCCAGCUUCGUGCCCUCCCCAGUGAGGACCCUUACCAGCUGAAGCUGCCUUCCCUGCAAUCAGAGGUGCCAAAAGACAGCACACACCAGUGGUUGGACGGCUCAGACUGUGUACUCCAGGCCCCUGGCAACUCUUCCUGCCUGCUGCACUACAUGCUUCAGGCUCCCAGUGCAGAGCCUCCCCUGGAGUGGCCAUUCCCUGACCUCUUCUCAGAGCCUCUCUGCCGAGGUCCCAUCCUCCCCCUGCAGGCAAAUCUCACAAGGAAGGGGGGAUGGCUUCCUACUGGUAGCCCCUCUGUCAUUUUGCAAGACAGAUACUCAGGCUAGAUAUGAGGAUAUGUGGGGGGUCUCAGCAAGAGCUUGGGGGGCUCCCCAUCUGUGUCCAAAUAAAAAGCAGUGGGCAAGGGCUGGCUGCAGCUCCUGUGCCCUGUCAGGAGGACUGGGGGCUCAAACACACCACACUUACUGGCUUUCUGGGUCUUUUAUUUGUACCCAUGUGUCUGUCACGCCAUGAAUGUACCUGGGGAAAUCAACUGACCUCCCUGAACAUUCCAUGCAGUCAGGGAACAGGUGAGGAAAGAAAUAAAUAAGUGAUUCUAAUGCUGCCUAGGUCACCCUCAACCCCCAUUUACUGGCACAAUUGGGUGGAGAGAAGGGAAGGGGUAUGAUUGUCCUGAUGGCUCAGGGCUGCAGGAGGUUCAGAGGGGAAGGAGGAAAGGCCAGGCUGGAGGCUGGGCUGUUAGCACUUCCCUUCCACAGUUCAGAUGGCUCACUCUGGGCUCAGGUUUGCCAUGGCUUCCUUUGGUCCAAACAUAGGCCCUGUCCUUAGUCCUGUGCCCUGUUCGACUUUUGGCCAGGAGGCCUUUUUGUGCUGCUGCUGUUGCAGGGCUAGCUGCAUGGCCCAGAUGCUCAGUGGCCGCAUGUAGGCCAGUGAGCGGAAGACUCGCUGCUGGCAGUAUGCCUCUGGGGUCUGGAAGGCCAGACCCAGGCGCUCCCACACGGUACGGUAGCAGCCUUCAGCUGUCUGGAAGCCCUCCCAAGUCAGGCCCUGUUGGGAGAGAUGACAGUCAUACAUACUAACUUGGCACCCUCUGAAUAGCCAUUUCCACUGAUAGAUGGAGGCAGUAGAGUCUUUGCCUUCAAGGAGCUCCCAGCAAGUGGAGGAGAUAACUAUGACCCACAGACAGAAGCCUGAAGGCAGGAGCUGGAAUGCAUACCAGGGAAAAACGGGAGGCUUUAUAGACGGAUAAGAUGGCAUUGGGUUAUGCCUUGAAGAAAUUUGGUGGUUGAGGAAGUUUUCUGGGCCAGGAUACAGAUGGUGGAGAGAUGGGAAAGGGAGUACAUUACCUCUUGAAUCAUGGUAGCUGCCAGCCCGUAGACCACACCCACCCAGACUUCAUCAGACUGCACACUGGAUUUAUCAGGGACACCAUGGGGCUGCAUCCCAUUCACAGCCCCCAUGGCCCCUCCUGCAAAGGCCUGGACGUUCAGCUCAAAGAUAGUUUGGAGAGCACGGACCACGUGUGGGGUAGGAAACACCUGGAGGGGCAAGGGCAGGAACGUGGUCUCAUAUACUUACUUCCCACCUCCAGGGAAAACCCAGUUUUCUCUCUGGCUCCUCCUCCUCUCUCUCACCUCAGUGUCUCCUUCUCCUAGGCCACAGGCCUUCAGGAACCACUGUCCAGCACACUGGUCAGACAUAACACUACGAGACUGAGGCCGAGAGCUGCUGUCAUAGUUGUAAUAGCGGCCUGGAGUCGAGGAAGAGAAAAAUAAGGCUCUUGGUGUCCUCUCAGCUGCCUUAAGACUACUUAGGCUCCCCAAACUCACCAUUCCACAGCAGUCUCUCAUAGGCUUCUUGGCCCCGGCUGAGGAUGGAAGAAAACUUAUCCUGGAUGUCCUGUGCCCCACACAGAGCAGCCAUCUGGACCAUCACAGCCACAGCUGCCAGCCACAGCCCUCCACAGUAAGCACUGAUCAGGGACAUGGGUUUGGGGGUCAGACUGGCAGCUCCAGCUGCUCCCAUGCAGUGUAAUAGACAAGGAGUCAUUUUUUUCUUGAGCCCUACAAUCCCUUGGUGCCCAGUUUCCCACCUCAGGCCUCCUGGAAACCCCUACCCGCUAACCUGGGGCCUGUGGUCACCCAUCCAUCAUAGGUCUGGUCUGCAUAGCCUCCAUUUUCAAUGAGUCCAUCAUGGUCCUUGUCAAACUUCAUUUCAGACUCCAUCACAGCCUAGAGAGGGACCAAGAUGUUGAAGACCUAGGUACUGAAGAAAGGCAACAACCAGCUAGGCUUUUCCCAGACACCAACCAUACCCCUGGCACACUGGCCACUGCAUGUGCAUCCCUUACUAGACACACAGGCCACAUGUCCUUCAGGAAGUUUUGAUCACCCGUCAGGUAAUAGUCCCGAUAAACCUGCAGCACAAACUUCAGGUUCAGGUCCUUCCAGUCAGCAGUAUCAUGGAUUAAAUAUGCAUUGACGCGGA